AUGUAUGUUUUCUAUGAGAAUCACUAUCCAGAUAAUUUAUUCGAAUUCAAAGAUAGCGGUCUGUUAGAAAAUUUAUUUUCUACCUCUGAACUUCAACACCUUGACCGAGUGUCAUCCAAUUAUCAUUACCCAGAUGUCAAACCGUAUCUCUCUGAACCGAUAACAUCGAUAGAAGAAUCAUUGAAUGACAACCAAGAUAUAGCUACUGGUAUUAUUUUACUAGAGCCAUAUAAUAUCCCAUUUCUCCGUUUAUCAGUCAUCAAACAUCCUGAGAAGCUUUACUUUGUCGAUCUAUCUAAAGGAUAUUAUAUCGUUGGAAACAACGAGUCGUUAUUGAUAGACUUUACCAAUCUCAAUCAACUAUCAGACAUCAUAAACAAAUCACUUUGUGUAAAGACAUUUUGUGAUGAGAUCGGUGUUGGUAUUGGAAUGAAAGAUGACAUUGUCUUGGAAAUCUACAACAAAGACAAUUACACGGAAUUGUUAAUGACAAUAGAUCCACAAGAUAAGCCAUUUUACGAUCAAUCCAAUUCAAAUCAACCUGUAAUUCCAUCUGGAAGUAUCAUUAAAUUCAAACCAAAACAAGAAUAUCUUGUUAGUUUAAAGCAAUCGAUACAAUAUAUUAUUGAUAAUGGAGAAGUUUAUGGUAAACCUGUUGAGAUCGACAGCAAGGAUAAGAAUGGAGAAGAAGAACCUAAUCUUUGUAAUCUAUUCAAAUAUUUAUUUAGUAUUGAUACUUAUAUUGAAGAAUUGAUCGAUAUGAUUAAUGAAGCAUUAAAAGAAGAGAUCGAUGCUCUCCGUAAUAAAUAUCCACUUUUUGGUCAUGCUGCAAAGUAUGACAAUAUCAAUGCAAUGGAACUUCUUUAUAAUGACAAAUAUGCUUUCCCAACACUCGAUCUACUCUUUAAUUUUUAUUCUGUGGAUGGAAUCAAGCUAUUGAUGAAACGACAACCAACCUAUCUCAGAGAUAAUCCAAAUUCCAAUCCAUUUUGGAUAUUAUCACUCAAUAUCAAUCCAAAUAGCAAAAAGAGAACAGAGUUCUUUUCAAGAUAUUCAGAGAUUAGUCAUUUCUUUAAAGUAAACAAACGUGCUAUUUAUUCUAAUUUCGAUUAUAAUCGAGAUAUAGAAUUGGAAAUAGUAAUUAAUGGUAACUACGAAUACCUUGAAUUCCUCCACAAGAAUAAGAUUGAAUACCCAUAUAGACCCCCCGAUUGUUACUGUGACGAUCCAAAGUGCCAACUCAAUUACAAAAAAGAAAAACAAACCACCUUACUCAAUUAUAUCUUGCUUCAGAAUGAUGUCGAUGGAUUCAAUAUUCUCAAACAAUAUAUUGAUCACCAACAUCAAUUUCGUUCCGUCUUUCAUGCUUGUGAUCUUGCUAUUGUGGAUGCGAUGUAUCGCAAAAAGUUUGAUUUGAUCAAACAAUUGCUAGACAAGAAAAUUUCAGAUUCAUCGUGGCCCAUUUAUACCAAAUACAAAAAGAUACCAUUUGUAGCUUUUGCUUGGUUUAUGGAUGACCUCGAUUUGUUUAUUUCAAAACCAGGAUUUCCAUCACUUCAAACUCUAGAAUUUAAAACAGCUCAGUUCUUGGAUGUGGGAUAUCAUUUUUUGGGUGACUAUGUUGACUUUUGUACAAUGUUUUCCGAAUAUGACAAGAUUGUCCAGAUGUUUCCAACUCUAUCUCUUGUCGAUAUUUUCAUUCUUUGCGGAGAAAAUGAUGGAGUCAAAUAUAUGCUAAAACAAUACGGACUGACCAAACAAUCAAUUAAAUUAUUGGAAUUUAGAACAGAAGACAAAGAUGAAAUCAUGAAAAUAAUCAAUGAAUUCCAACAACAAGAACAAAAAAUCAUUGAAGAAUUGGAGGGAAAAUCAAACAAAAGUAAAAAACAGAAUAAGAAAGUAAAGUCAAAGAAUAAUAAUAAGAAUAUUUAUAAAAAGAAAGUACAUGAGAAAGAAAUAGCACAAGAAAAAGAAAUAAUAGAUAAAGAGAAAGAGAAGGAGCAAGAUGAUAUAAAAGAGAAUCAUAAAAUAACAGAGAUACAACCAAAAGAAAUAAUUAAGAUUAAGAAUAAUGAACAAAUAAAAGAGAAUAAAAAAGUUAAUAAUAAUAUUGAAGAGACAACUAAUAGUAUAAAUGAUAUUAAUAUCAAAAAACCACACAACACAAUUAAAUUAAAUUCCAAUUCAUAUAGCAAAUCAACUAAACUUUAUAUUAGAACAAGUGAUUCAAAUUUGACAUCUUCAUUACAAUCAAAAUUAAAUAAUACAACAAACAUAUAUAAUCAAUCAUCUAAAUUACCAACAAUACAACCAACACAGAGUUCAGUAAAGUUAACUGUAAAACAAAUAUCAACAGAAUUUGCAACAAUAUAUGAUAAACAAAUUGGUAAAUUCAAAUUCAAUAGUUCAGAUAUCAUUGGAAGAGGAAGCAAUGCAACACUCGUGUUUCGAGGUGUUUGGAGUGACAGAGUUCCAGUUGCAAUCAAAAGAAUCGUCAAAGGAUUCAAUCAUCUCAUUGACAAAGAAAUCGAGGUUUUGAUUGAAUUGACUUCGAAAUCAUCACAAUCUUCAAAUUUGGUGAGAUAUAUCGAUCGAGAAGAAGAUGAUAACUUUAUUUAUCUUGGAUUAACACUUUGUGACAUGUCACUUCAACAACUAUUCGAAGAUCCAACCAAUUCAGAAUUGAAGAAUUCACUUUCAUCGAUAUCAUUGAUCAAUGGUAUUGUUCUUGGUGUUCAAUUCCUUCACAACAAUCAAAUUGUUCACAACGAUCUCAAUCCAAGAAACAUUCUUUUCAAAGAUUCACAAUUAUUCAUCACAGACAUGGGAUUAAGCAAGAUGAUGGUCGAAUCAUCAUUUGCAUUCACACACACACCAAGUGGAACCGGUGGAUAUUAUGCUGCUGAAGUCAUAAAACAACAGAGAAAAACAUCAUCUGUCGAUAUAUUCUCACUUGGAUGUUUAAUCUAUUACAUUCUGAGUGGUGGUAAACAUGCAUUUGGCGAUGAUAUUAUCAUGAGAGUUCCAAAUAUCAUCAUGAAUCGAUUCGAUCUCAAAGAUAUCACCAAUCAAUAUGCAAUCGAUUUGAUCAGUUGGAUGAUAUCAUUUGAAGAAUCAAAUCGACCAUCGAUUCAAACGGUGAUCAAACAUCCAUUCUUUUGGAAUAUCGAUGACAAAUUGAAAUUCAUUGACAAAACACAUCAAACAAUCAAGAAAUAUUCAACAACAUCACUGAACACUCAUAAUAAUCAAACAUAUCUCAAAGAAUCAUGGGAUAAAUCAAUCGAUCAAAAUCUAUUAUCUGUUUUGAACGAAGAAUCACAAUAUAAUUUUAACAAUGUCAAAGAUCUUGUUCGAUGUAUUCGAAACAGUAUUCAUCACCAUCAAGAGAUAUAUUCAGAUUUGAACAAAAAGAUAUUGUGGUUCAAAAACCAACAUAUUGCAUUCGAAUACUUUGAAAAGAGACAUCCAACAUUAUUAAUUUAUUUAUAUCAAUACUUUAGAGAUCAACACAAUAACAACACCAAAAAAGACACAUCAAAUUAUUUAACUGAAUAUUAUCAAUAA